AUGGGUCUCUUGGCUGAAGGGACGGCCCUGGAUUGGCCUGACGCCAAGAAGUAUGCUGCUCAAGUCAGGGAAUGGGGUAUCCAGCAAUUGCUUGAAAUAUGGAACAAGGCAAAGGUUAAGGAGAGGGACGCGAUGCUCUGGGGCGAUGAGAUCGAGUAUCUCGUUGUGGUCUACUCGAAAGAUGACCCCAAGGUGCUCCUGUCUUUGAGGCAGGCGGACAUCUUGAAAGCCCUGGCCAAUGACGAGGAGCUCGUUGCGCAGGGUGGAGGUGUUCCCGACCUGCAGGAUGCAACGCCGCCUCGUCAGGAGAAUCCCCUCCCGGUCUUCCAUCCAGAGUUCGGGAGGUUCAUGCUUGAAGCCACUCCCGGAAAGCCAUGGGGGAUCGAGUUCAAAGCGCUGCUGGCUGUAGAGCCGGAUAUGAAGCUAAGGAGACGGAUCGCAAAGAACCACAUGCUGCCUAAGGAGCAUCCAAUCACCCUGACGACGUUCCCGACGUUGGGAUCUCCAGGGGUAUUCACUGAUCCCUUCUAUCCUGUUUCCGGAUCCAAGCUGCGGUCUCAGUUCGUUCCUGAUGAGAUCGCAAACCCCCACAUUCGGUUUCCCACCCUUGCGGCCAACAUCCGGUCCCGCCGGGGACGGAAGGUUCAAGUGAAUGUGCCGGUCUUCAGGGAUGUGAAGACUCCCUGGCCGUGGAAAGAUCCGACUGUCAAUUACGAUCUGCACAACUGGCCGGAAGACGAUGAUGUGCGGAAUGGUGCUGCCCCGGACAACUUUAUCCACAUGGAUGCCAUGGCAUUUGGCAUGGGCAGCUGUUGCCUUCAGAUAACCUUCCAGGCCAAGAAUAUCACCGAGGGGAGGCGCAUGUAUGACCAGCUGAGCCCGCUGGGCCCCAUCCUGCUGGCUCUAACGGCCGCGACGCCCAUCUACAAGGGGUUCCUGGCCGAUACCGAUGUCCGGUGGAAUCAAAUCAGCAGAGCUGUCGACGACCGAACUCCUGGGGAAAUGGGGGAGAAGCCCCUUGAAAACGACCGAUGGAGAAUACCCAAGUCGAGAUACGCCUCAAACUCAACUUACAUCUCCACCGACUCUCGACUGCGGCCAGAAUAUCUCGACCCGGAUCUCAUAAUCGACCCAGACAUCAAGGCUAAACUUCUCGAAGGCGGCAUGGACGACAGACUUGCGACUCACUUUGCGCAUCUGUUCAUCCGGGACCCGAUUGUCAUCUUCUCGGAAGAUCUCAAGGAGCUUGACUUGAACAAGACGGACCACUUCGAGAACAUCCAGAGCACGAACUGGCAGCACAUGCGGUUCAAGCCGCCGCCGGCCGACAACAGUAUCGGCUGGCGGGUCGAGUUUCGGCCAAUGGAGAUACAGGUCACCGACUUCGAGAACGCCGCCUUCUCCGUCUUCCUCGUGCUCAUGACGCGCGCGAUCCUGAGCUUCGACCUGAACUUUUACAUCCCCAUCGUCAAGGUCGACGAGAACAUGGAGACGGCGCACGCGCGAGACGCCGUCCUGGAGCGCAAGUUCCACUUCCGCAAGAACCCGUUCCACGCCCGGCCCCCGCGGAGCUCGGCGGCGUCGGGCACCAACAGCCCCAACGGGAUGCCGAGCAGGCCUCCAACGCCGACGGGGCCCGUCGAAGACGAGUACCGGCUCAUGAGCAUCAACGAGAUCAUCAACGGCACCUCGUACGCCAGGUCGUUCUCCUCGUCGGGGAACGCGACGGGGGCCGGCGGCGACCAGGACGAAGAAGACGCCACCAGCUUCAACAGCUUCAUGGACGAGGACGAGUUCCCGGGCCUCAUCCCCCUCGUGGAGGGCUACCUCGACUCGGUCAACCUGGACGUGGUGACGCGGUGCGAGCUGUCGACGUACCUGGACCUGAUCCGCAAGCGCGCCAGCGGCGAGCUCUGGACGGCGGCGCGGUGGAUCCGGCACUUUGUGGACCGGCACCCGGGGUACGGGCACGACAGCGCCGUCACGGACGAGGUCGCCAGGGACCUGGUCGGCGCCGUCGUCGCCAUCGGCGAGAGGGAGCAGGACGACCGCGGGUUCGGCGGCCUCGAUGUGCCGGACCUGGACCGUCUGCUUGGGGGGUUCAGGGGCGCCUGA